AUGGGCCACACAGAACACCAAGAUUCUACCAUAUAUCUUGUGCAAAAGUUUUGCAAAAGGUUCAGAAAGAUUGAGUUUAAAAACACCCCGAGAGUACAGAAUGAGCUUGGUGACGCUCUCGCUACCAUAUCAUCCAUGAUACAAUAUCCAGAAAGGAGUUACAUCGAUCCACUUGAGAUAAAUUUGAAGGAGCAACACGCAUAUGGUUCUCGUGUGGAAGCAAAGCUAGAUGGGAAGCCAUGGUACACUGAUAUGAAGAGGUAUUUGGAAAACGGAGAAUAUCCAAAAUAUGCAACGAACAGUCAAAAGAAGACAAUCCGAAGAAUGGCCAAUAAUUUCUUCUUAAGCGAGGAAAUCCUUUGUAGGAGAACUCCUGACUUAGGACUAUUGAGAUGUGUGGAUACUGAAGAGUCUAAAAGAUUUCUUGAAGCAUAUAGGGUAAUGUUUGUUUUGGUGCAGGAUGCAAAAGAUAGACACUGGAGAUGA